AUGACAAGCGAGAGCAACUUUGUGCAGCCUGCUAUCCCACGGUUCGAUGGACACUACGAUCACUGGAGCAUGCUUAUGGAGAAUUUUCUGCGUUCAAAGGAGUAUUGGAGUUUGGUAGAAACUGGGAUCUCUGCAGCAGCGGAAGGGACAGAUCUUACUGAUGGACAGAAGAAGGUGAUUGAGGAUCAAAAGUUGAAGGACCUGAAGACUAAGAACUAUCUAUUCCAAGCCAUUGAUCGAUCCAUUUUGGAGACGAUAUUAAAAAAAGACACAGCAAAGGAUAUCUGGGAUUCUUUGAAGCAGAAGUACCAAGGGACAGCACGAGUUAAACGGGCACAACUCCAAGCUCUUCGCAAGGAGUUUGAAGUGCUGCACAUGAAAGCUGGGGAAUCGGUGAAUAACUACUUUGGAAGAACUCUCAUCAUAGCCAAUAAGAUGAGAAUUCACGGUGAAAGGAUGGAGGAUGUGGUGAUCAUCGAGAAGAUCUUGAGAUCCAUGACUCCUAAGUAUGACUAUGUUGUAUGCUCGAUCGAGGAAUCAAAUGAUUUGGAUAUUUUAUCCAUAGAUGAGCUUCAAAGCAGUCUUUUGGUGCAUGAACAACGGAUCAGCCGUCACACUGUGGAUGAACAAGCCCUUCAGAUCACUCACGGACAACCAGGAGGAAGAGGUGGUGGUUCUUUCCGAGGAAGAGGAAGAGGUAGGGGUAGGUUUGAUAAAUCUACCCUAGAGUGUUAUAACUGUCAUGAGUUGGGUCAUUUUCAAUGGGAAUGUCCCAAAAGAGCAAGAGAUACAAAGGUGAACUUUGCCGAGACCGGUGAAGAGAUGCUUUUAAUGGCGUAUGUGGAUGGCAUCCAGGCUGGAAGAGAUCACUUGUGGUUUCUUGAUUCUGGGUGUAGUAAUCACAUGUGUGGGAAAAGAGAGUUAUUUUCACAAUUUGAUAAUAAUUUCAGAGAAAAAGUGAAGCUGGGCAAUGAUAUGAGUCUCAAUGUGCAAGGGAAGGGCAACAUUCGAAUGGAGAUAAAUGGGAUCAUGCAGGUGAUUACUGAAGUUUUCUUUGUGCCAGCGUUGACUAACAAUUUACUAAGCAUUGGUCAAUUGCAAGAGAAGGGUCUUACAGUGCUCAUGCAACACAGCAAGUGCAAGAUUUAUCAUCCUGAAAAAGGUUUAAUCAUGGAAACCGAGAUGGCAUGCAACAGAAUGUUCGCUGUGCUUGGUCGCUGUCCACCAAAGGAGGAAAACUGUUUCUCCUCUAUGACCACAGAUCAAACUCAACUCUGGCAUUGCCGUUAUGGUCAUCUCAGUUGGAAUGGUCUCAAGGUGAUCCAACAAAAGAAUAUGGUGGAUGGAUUGCCUCAGUUGAAAGCUCCGUUAAAGAUUUGCGAAGACUGCUUGAUAGGAAAACAACAUCGCGAUCCUUUUCCAAGGGAAAGCACAUGGAGGGCAUCUGGAGUUCUUCAGUUAGUGCAUGCAGACAUAUGUGGGCCAAUAAAUCCAAUCUCGAAUAGCAAAAAAAGGUAUUUCAUUACCUUUAUUGAUGAUUUUAGCAGAAAAACUUGGGCUUAUUUUUUGGUUGAAAAAUCAGAAGCGUUUGCUACCUUUAAAUCCUACAAAACUAAAGUUGAGAAAGAAACCGGUGCAUUCAUAAAGAGACUUCGAACUGAUCGUGGGGGAGAGUUCACAUCACAAGAGUUCACCCACUUCUGUGAUGAGAAUGGCAUUCAAAGGCAAUUAACAGCUGCAUACACACCUCAACAGAACGGGGUCGCAGAGAGAAAGAAUCGCACUAUCAUGAAUAUGGUGCGCAACAUGCUGUCAGAGAAACAAAUCCCAAAGAAUUUUUGGCCUGAAGCAGUGAAUUGGACAGUGCAUGUCUUGAACAGAAGCCCGACACUUGCUGUGAGAAGCAAGACACCAGAAGAAGCCUGGAGUGGGUUCAAGCCUUCAGUCAAUCACUUUAGGGUUUUUGGAUGCAUCUCCCAUGUUCAUGUACCUGAUAGCAAGAGAGUAAAGCUUGAUGCCAAAAGUCUGAAAUGCAUAUUACUUGGGGUAAGUGAAGAAUCCAAGGCUUACAGACUAUUUGAUCCUAUUUCUCAAAAAAUAAUUGUGAGUCGAGAUGUGGUCUUUGAAGAAGACCAAAGGUGGAACUGGGAUGACAGUCACAAGGAAACUAUUUUGGCUGAUUUGGAAUGGGAGGAAAAUGAAAAUACAGGUACCAAUGCAAGCUUUGGGGAGGAAACUACAGCAAACAUCACUCCAGAAAAUGAACUUGAAAACAUAGGGUCUGUUCAAAGUCUCGAAGAAGGAGAGUCUUCAAGUGAUGGCAGUCCUCUUCAUGGAGAACGAGUUCGAAGACCACCAAGGUGGAUGCAAGAUUAUGAAAGUGGGCAGGGCCUCUCUAAUGAAGAAAAUGUCGAUAUGGCUCAUCUAGCCUUAUUCUCUGACCGUGACCCUUUGACAUACGAGGAUGCAGUGAAGAGUAGCAAAUGGAGACAUGCCAUGGACGCUGAAAUCGAAGCUAUUGUGAAGAAUGAUACAUGGGAACUCACCGAGUUGCCAUCUGGAGUGAAGACAAUUGGAGUAAAAUGGGUUUUUAAAACAAAACUCAAUGAACAUGGGGAAGUGGACAAAUACAAGGCUCGGCUCGUCGCGAAAGGGUACAGCCAACGGUAUGGAGUGGAUUAUGCCGAGGUGUUUGCACCAGUAGCUCGUUUGGAUACCAUUCGAAUGGUCAUCUCACUUGCUGCCCAGAAAAGCUGGAUUAUCUACCAGCUAGACGUCAAAUCUGCGUUUCUCCAUGGAAAGAUAGAUGAAGAAGUGUUCGUGGAUCAACCACCAGGUUAUGAACAAAAGGGAGAGGAAUAUAAGGUAUAUCGACUGAAGAAGGCUUUGUACGGACUUAAACAAGCUCCCCGAGCUUGGUACAGUCGAAUAGAGACCUAUUUUGAUCGAGAAGGCUUUGAGAAGUGCCCUUAUGAGCACACUUUGUUCAUAAAAACGGCAGAUGGAGGUAAACUUUUGAUUGUGUGCCUUUAUGUUGAUGAUCUUAUAUUCACUGGUAAUGAUGAGACUAUGUUUGAACACUUUAAGAAAUCCAUGAUGGUUGAAUUUGACAUGACUGAUCUUGGUAAGAUGAGAUAUUUUCUUGGAAUUGAAGUUUCGCAAAGGGUGGAUGGUAUAUUCAUCAGUCAACGGAAGUAUGCUCAAGAGGUUUUGGAGAGAUUCAAUAUGUACCAGUGCAAUCCAGUGCUCAAUCCAAUAGUUCCUGGCAUUAAACUUACUAGGGAUGAAAAUGGAGUAAGGAUUGAUGGGACAUUUUACAAACAGAUCGUGGGAAGCCUUAUGUAUUUGACUGCGACUCGGCCCGAUUUGAUGUUUGUAGUAAGUUUAAUUAGUAGAUACAUGGAACGACCCACUGAAACUCAUUUGCAAGCAGCAAAGAGAGUGUUAAGGUAUGUGAAGGGUACAGUCAGUUUUGGAUUGUUUUACAAGAAGGGAGGAACUAAGGAACUUGUUGGCUACACAGAUAGCGACUACGCUGGUGAUCAAAACGACAGGAAGAGCACCUCUGGUUAUGUUUUUAUUCUGAGUUCAAGUGCAGUUUCUUGGUCUUCAAAGAAACAGCCAGUAGUCACCCUUUCAACUACCGAAGCAGAGUUCAUCGCUGCUGCGUCUAGUGCUUGCCAAGCUGUGUGGCUAAGGAGGAUCUUGGAGCAGCUUAAUCAUGGUCAAUGCAAACCAACGGUGGUUCACUGUGAUAACAUCUCAGCCAUUAAACUGUCAAAGAAUCCAGUCAUGCAUGGUCGUAGCAAACAUAUUGAUGUGCGUUUUCACUUUCUUCGAAAUCUCAUCAAAGAUGAAGUUGUUGAAUUGGUGCAGUGUUCUACACAUGAGCAAAUUGCAGAUAUUCUGACAAAGCCACUAAAGCUCGAGGUGUUCGUGAAGAUGCGUGGUCUUAUGGGUGUCUGCGAAUAUCCAGGGAUAAACUGA